AUGCUACCGGUACGUAGAAAAGGGAGCUUUGAAGCGACCAUCCGUACAGCCUGCAUGCUGAAGCAGCAAGUCCAUCUCAUCAUCUCAUCACCAGGACGGACGACGGAUGACAUCUCCAAGUUGAAGUAUUCCGACUACAAGCCCCAUCCAGACUUCCCUUUUGCGCUCAGUUGCAAGGCGUAUUGGUCCAAGAAUAUUUCGGAAGAACGACAAUGCCCCGACCAAAUCAUUCUUGGAUCGAUGGAUACCGACUUUUGUGCUCUGCUCGGAUUGGCCAAUUACAUGGAGGCGUCCUUCAACUAUGGGUAUGGCGCCGCUGGUCGGGAAAAUGCAUCCCUCUUUACCCCCGAAAGCGAUCCCAAGUUGGCUUCCAAGCACUGCAACGCAGCCUACCGCAACAUUCUCAAGGCUGUCUUUUUGUCGGCUCCAUUUCUGGCUGUGGCGGUCCUUAUUGCCGGUGUUCUUGGGAGUCACAGCAUUCGGAAGUUUGCUGCAACUCUGGCAAGAGGGAUGGGUGCUACUGCUGACGAAGUUGAUAUUCGAGGUCGCUGGAAGGCUCGCUUGUCUGGACUGGUUGUUGAUGCCUACAUUUCGCCUGAACAGCCCUGGAUCGACGCCCGUGUUGCCGAAAAGCUUUGCAUGGGGGCUCCUAUUGCCUACAAGCUACACCCGGAUGCCAAGAGAGUGACUCCCACCUGGUUGAUUGAGCAUGUGGCGCCAAGGACGCAUGCAUUUUACGACAGUGUCAACGACAUUUCCCUUCACUUGGCUCUGCCUCUUUUGUGGGCUGCUCUUGACGAAUCUUGGGAGGAGAGGAUGGAGCCUCCCAUUCGUAUUAGGAUCCAAGAUGCGUAUGAGUUGAUCAAGGCCGAUCUUCCUGAGGGCGUGAAUCCGGUGGUGAAAGUGCCUUUCUCUAUUUGGACGCACAACACCAAGCUCCACAUCAACGAAAUUGAGCCGAUGGAUACGGGAGGUGGCGGCACGGCUGGUGGCACUACGACUGGUGGCACUACGGGAACUACGGACCAGGCAAGCCCUCGUCAAGUUCUGACGGCUAUGCAAACGCAGCAGCAGGUACGAACGAACGAGGAGAUUUUGACACGGAUUAUCGCGCAGCACAACCAGCUUCAGCAGCUCAUUGCGCAGGAAGGUACGACCCGCGACAGUACGGCUGCUGCCUUGAGAGGCUGGUUGGAGACUUGGCGUGGAGAGCUGACGAAACUGAAUGGAAAUAUUUGCAGGAUUGCUGUUCAGCCUCUAAGGAUGGCAACACCUGAUCAGGUAGAUGCUAAUCUCUUUAGAAAUGGGUUGACUGUGGAAAGGACUCACUGGAAUGGCCAGACUUUCCUCAGGUUCAGACGAGUUGUGGCCGCCCCUGCUGACAGUAGGCCUGCCAAUCUCGCCAAGUACAGAACUGUUGGCUCUGCUUGGGAAGAGUGGAUGCAUGGUAUUGGUGGCAACAAGCCAGCCAAGAACUUCACUGCUGAAGAUAUCAGGGCUUGCAAGUCAACCUACUCCAGGAGGAAGCCACUCUGGACUCUCCUGGCUACACUUGUCAAUGCUCAGAAAGCUCCAGCUUGGGUCAUCACCAAGAUUGAGGUGCACUACAAUUGCAAAGGGAGUAUUUUGAAUAUUGCAGCCGCCAUCAAGCAGGACACCAUUAUGGGCAGUCUGCAUUAG